ACUACUUUUUUCAAAUGGCAAUGGAGACUUCCGUGGUCUUAACCAAAUGUGACCAUCAUGAUGUCAACACUUCAUCAAAAAUCCCCAUCAAAGGUGGUUGGAGAUCCGCCUUAUUCAUCAUUUUUGUGGAAUUUGGAGAGCGAUUUGCUUACUAUGGAGUAUCAGGAAAUCUCAUCACGUACCUCAACCAUGUUCUGAAGCAGCCUCUUGGUACCGCGGCUAAAAAUGUUAACUUAUGGCACGGCGUGUCCGCAAUCUUCCCUCUUGUUGGUGGUUUCGUGGCAGAUUCUUAUGUUGGUCGAUUUAAAACUAUCAUCUUUUCAUCCGUUACGUAUCUCUUGGGACUAAUAUUGUUAGUCGUAUCAGUAGAAGCAAUCCCAUUGAAGGAUCGUGAACUAGCUUUCUUUGUAGCUCUCUAUAUCAUCAACAUUGGUGAAGGUGGUCAUCGUCCCUGUAUUCAGACCUUUGCGGCUGAUCAAUUCGAUGACCAUCUCCCAGAGGAAAAAGCCGCCAAGAGUUCAUUUUUCAACUGGUGGUAUUUGGGCAUCGUACUCGGGGCCACAACUGCGAUACUUGUUGUCGUUUAUGUUCAAGACUACAUUGGGUGGGGGUGGGGGUUUGGCAUACCAGGGGUCGUGGUAGCUGCGGCGCUUGGAGUGUUCUUAGCUGGAAAGAGUACGUAUCGCCAAGAGGCUCCGGUUGGGAGCCCACUUACAAAGGUGGCACAGGUGCUGGUCGCUGCAGUUAAGAAGAGGCGGUUGGCACAAGAAAGCCGGUUUGGCAUGUGUGUUGUUGAGGCAGGGGAAAGUGGCAAAGCUAUGACUCGGACCAACCAGUUCAGGUUCUUGGAUAAGGCCGCAUUCAUAGAUGAAAUAGAUGCAUCGUCGGAGAAAAAGGACAAUUGGAGACUUUGUACCAUUGACCAAGUGGAGCAUGUGAAGCUACUUUUCCGUCUGAUCCCGAUAUGGAUAUCUUGUUUGAUGUUCAUGGUCGUCAUAGCCCAGCUCAGCACUUUCUACACUAAACAAGCCAGCACUUUAAACCGCUACAUAGGCUCCAGCAAGUUCGAAAUCCCAGCGGCAUCUCUUCAAGUCAUUCCAGGCCUAACUAUCCUAAUUAUGGUUCCACUCUACGAACACCUCCUAAUCCCAACAGCCAGACGCCUCACAGAACAAUCCUCGGGAAUCACAUUGCUCCAACGAAUAGGAGUCGGGAUUUUUUUCUCGAUAUUGACCAUGAUUGUAUCAGCACUAAUCGAAUCCAAAAGAGUCAAAGUUGCUGCACACCAUGGACUAAUGGACUUUCCCAAUACGAUUCUUCCAAUGAGUGUAUGGUGGCUGGUGCCGCAGUACUUGCUGAUGGGGAUAUCCGACAUUUUUUGCAUUGUGGGAUUGCAAGAGUUGUUCUAUGACCAGGUCCCUGAGGAGAUGAGGAGCAUGGGAGCCGCAGCUUAUCUGAGUAUUGUGGGCGUAGGGAGUUUCAUAAGUAGUGCGCUGAUAUCUGCCGUACAAGUGGUUACAGCAAAACAUAGCGAGGAAUGGUUGAAGGGGGAUAACAUAAAUAGAGCACAUCUCGACUAUUUCUACUGGCUUUUGGCGUGUUUGAGUGGCUUGAGUUUGGUUUUGUAUGUGACUUUGGCAAAAGGUUUUAUUUAUAAAAAGCUUCAACGCAAUGUCGAGAUAUAGAGAUUGUGACUUGUGGUGCAACUGGCGUGUAGCAUAUAUGUAAAGAAAAAUAUCUUAUCUAUAUAAUUAGUUUUGGGUUCUUAUU